AUGGAUCAAGCAGCACAACUCACCCCUACUUCGAAUAUUGGAGUAGAAAACCUCCAAAAUUCAGGGACACUCUCUAAGACAAAAGUACUAUUUGGAGUAAAGCGACCCCAAAGUUCAAGUGGUCUAUUGAGCAUAAUUACACCUAUAAAGAACUUGUAUCCAUUCCAAACAAGGUGGACUAUUAAAGUUCAUGUGACUAUAAAGAAAGAAAUUCAUCAAUACAAUAAGCAAACAGGAAAUGGUCGAGUGUUUAGCUUCGACAUCAUAGACAGUGAAGGGACAAAGACACAUGUAUCAGGCUUUAACAAUAUGGCAGAUGCACAUUAUGCUAAUAGAGGCAUUGGAGCUACAUAUAAGAUUUCAGGUGGGGUUGUGAAAUCUGCUAAUAAAAUUUAUAACAAGCUUAACAGUGGAAUAGAAAUAACUCUUGUGCCUGAAUCAAUAGUAACCCCUAACCAAGCUCAACAAUCAGAAGAAGAUAUGGAACAAAGAUAUAUAGUUCAAAUACAAUUAGAAGAUGAUACAGAUAGAUUAUGGGCUAUAGCAUUUGAUGAAGGAGUGACACAACUAUUGAGUAUGCCUACUGAAAUGUUGUAUAAGCUACAGUUCGACUCGGAUGCAGAAAGUGAUACUGAGGAAGUGAUAAAGUCUAUACUAAACAAACAACACAUCUUCAAAUUGACGUACAAGAAGGAAAAGUAUAAUGAAGAGGAACGGCUGAAAGUAACAAUUACUAAGGUAGAAAAAGUAGAUUUUAAUGCAGAAAGUAAUAUCUUACUUGAACAGAUCAAAGCAAUGCAUGAUGAAAUGGAAGUGAAGGAAUAG